UUCUCCCAUUCAAAGUAGUAAAGAGAGGGGCCUUAUUUUUGUUAAAGUUCAAUGGAAUUUUUCGAACAAAAAAAAUAAAAGGAAGGAUAUCAACUUUAACUUUUCCUUCCCUAAAUCAGAACUUUAAAUUUCUGUUAGCCAACGGCCUUUUUUUAAAUUUUUGUUAUUUUCAUGGACCCUGCAUAGCUUCUUCUUUUGCUGCUUCUCCUUCUUUAUCUCUUUCGCCUUUGCCUAAAGAAGCAGACUAUUUUUAGGAGAGCAUCAAUCUUCUCUCUUCUCCUCCUCCUCCUCCUCCUCAUGGAGGCAGACAAAGGAAAAGCAAAAUAGAGGAAAAAGAAAGGCGAGGAUCGGCUUCAUCGUUGUAUAUGAAGGCCCUUUCCUUGAGGCCUCCUCCUUCUUUAACCCCCAUACACACUUGAAGUUUCUCAGGUUCCCCUCUCUCUUUCCACCUUUGCCAAAGAUACCGAUAUCGGCUUACCCCCUUAAAUCCUCUUAGCUUCGCUUCGAGUAUUUCCACGCUUUGCUUUCUUGAAAAGUGUUUCCCGAGGAACUCAACAUGUUCCCUCUCUUUGUUUUGGCCAUUCUUUUCCUGUCCUGGACGUGCACAUCCUAUUCGGUUGGUGAUUUCGAUGCCUUACUUGAACUGAAACAGGGAUUUGAGUAUGCAGAACCGACUCUAAGCAGUUGGAAUGCCUCGAAUCCAACCUCAGUUUGCUCGUGGGCCGGAGUCAGAUGCUCCAGGGGACGUGUCGUGUCCGUCGACUUGACAGACUUAAAUCUGUAUGGCUCAGUUUCACCUGUUGUAUUAAGAUUGGAUUGCCUGGUCGAGCUCUCUCUCGCCGGAAAUAACUUCACAGGUACCAUCACGGUUGCGAACUUGAGUAAUCUCCAGUUUCUCAACAUCUCGAACAACCAGUUCAGUGGCAGCUUGGACUGGAACUACUCAACUAUAGUGAACUUGGAAGUGUUCGAUGCUUACAACAACAACCUCACUGCUUUCCUUCCACUUGGAAUUCUCAGCCUGAAGAAAAUUAAGCACUUGAAUCUGGGAGGCAACUACUUUUAUGGAAGAAUUCCGGAGACUUAUGGGGAUUUUGUGGGGUUGGAAUUCCUCUCUCUGGCGGGAAAUGAUCUACGCGGAUUCAUUCCGGUUGAGCUGGGCAAUCUCACCAAUCUAAGAGAGAUCUACUUAGGCUACUUUAACGUCUUUGAAGGUGGGAUUCCAAAAGAGUUUGGGAAACUAGUAAAUCUAGUUCACAUGGAUAUUUCCUCCUGUGAAUUGGAUGGUCCGAUACCGAGGGAAUUGGGAAAUUUGAAGGCGCUCGAUACGUUGUAUUUGCAUAUCAAUCUCCUGUCUGGUCCAAUCCCCAGGGAGCUGGGGAACUUGACGAACUUGCUGAAUCUCGACCUCUCCGACAAUGCGCUUACUGGAGAGAUCCCGUUUGAGCUUGUCAAUCUCAAAAGGCUAAAGCUUUUCAACCUCUUCAUGAACAGAUUGCAUGGGUCAGUUCCUGACUAUGUUGCUGAUUUGCCGGACUUGGAAACGCUUGCCUUGUGGAUGAACAACUUCACAGGUACAAUUCCAGAGAAUCUUGGUCGAAAUGGAAAGCUUCAACUGCUUGAUCUGUCGUCCAACAAAUUAACCGGCACAAUCCCUCCAGACUUGUGCUCAUCGAAUCAGCUCGAGAUAUUGAUUCUCUUGAAGAACUUCCUCUUUGGGCCUAUCUCAGAAGGUCUAGGGACAUGUUCCAGCCUGGUCAGGGUGAGGUUGGGGCAAAAUUACCUGAAUGGAAGCAUUCCUAGCAGCUUCAUCUACCUGCCUCAGCUGAAACUGAUGGAGCUGCAAAGUAACUACUUAUCAGGAACAUUGCCAGAAAAUGGCAAUAGUUCGUCGAAGCCUGCCUUGUUGGGCCAGCUCAACCUAUCAAACAACCAACUUUCGGGCGCUUUACCAUCUUCAUUGGCCAACUACUCCUCCAUCCAGAUCCUUCUGCUCAGCGGAAACCAGUUUUCCGGUCCAAUCCCUUCUUCCAUUGGUGAGCUGCAUCAAGUACUGAAGCUUGAUCUCAGCCAGAACAUGCUCUCAGGUGAGAUUCCACCAGAUAUCGGAACUUGUAACCAUCUCACUUUCCUCGAUUUGAGCCAAAAUAACCUUUCUGGCUUCAUUCCACCUGACAUCUCCAACAUCCGCAUCCUCAAUUACUUGAACGUAUCACGAAACCACCUGAACCAAGCGAUACCAAAAGCAAUUGGUAACAUGAGGAGCCUCACGACAGCAGAUUUCUCCUUCAACGAUUUCUCUGGUAAACUUCCAGAGUCGGGACAAUUCGCUUUCUUCAACGCCUCUUCUUUUGCUGGCAAUCCCCUGCUCUGUGGUUCUCUCAUAAACAAUCCUUGCAAUUUCACCGGAGUCACGAGCAAGCCCAGCAACAGCACUACACGUUUCAAGUUGAUUUGUGCCCUCGGGCUUUUGAUGUGCUCUCUGGUAUUUGCUCUUGCCGCCAUAUUGAAGGCCAAGUCAUUCAAAAGAAGCAGUUCUGGCUCGUGGAAGAUGACAGCAUUCCAGAAGCUGGACUUCACUGUUUCCGACAUCCUUGAAUGUGUGAAGGACGGCAACGUGAUCGGGAGAGGAGGAGCUGGGAUUGUGUAUCAUGGAAAAAUGCCAAACGGGGUUGAAAUCGCGGUGAAGAAGCUUCUGGGCUUUGGCAAUCACAGCCACGAUCACGGGUUCAGAGCAGAAAUUCAAACGCUAGGCAACAUCCGGCACAGAAACAUAGUGAGGUUGCUAGCAUUCUGCUCGAACAAGGAAGCCAAUCUGUUGGUUUAUGAGUACAUGAGAAAUGGAAGCUUGGGGGAGGCAUUACACGGGAAGAGAGGCACAUUCCUGGGGUGGACUUUAAGGUACAAAAUUGCUAUCGAAGCUGCUAAAGGCUUGUGCUAUCUUCACCACGAUUGUUCCCCGUUGAUCGUGCACCGAGACGUGAAGUCGAACAACAUUCUCCUCAAUUCAGGCUUCGAGGCACACGUCGCGGAUUUCGGCCUAGCAAAAUACUUGGUGGAAGGAGGCGCAUCCGAAUGCAUGUCUGCAAUAGCAGGGUCAUAUGGCUACAUUGCUCCUGAGUAUGCAUACACGUUGAGGGUGGACGAGAAGAGCGAUGUUUACAGCUUCGGGGUCGUGUUGCUGGAGCUCUUGACGGGCCGACGCCCGGUGGGGGACUUCGGGGAAGGCGUGGACAUCGUGCAGUGGAGCAAGAAGACGACCGGCUGCCGCAAGGAGGACUUCGCCCGCGUCGUCGAUCCCAAGCUGAAGGCGGUGCCCAAGGACGAAGCGACGCAUCUGUUCUUCAUCGCCAUGCUAUGCGUCCAGGACAACAGCGUCGAGCGGCCCACCAUGAGAGAGGUGGUUCAGAUGCUCUCUGAACACCCGCGUCACUCGCCGGACCGCCAGUCCCCGUCGUCCUCCGUCGCACAAGGCCGCGAUUACACGAGUCCUGAGAAAGACCAAAGCAGCACCCAGUUCAAGCUCGAUCCUUUGGUGUAAGAAAGAAUUGUCAAUCGGAGUUAACGU